AUUCGUCAGUAUAAUUUUCGUUGUUGGGAUUGUACAUGAGUUAUAUUUGAACGCAAUUGUGUCUAAGAAAAUUUUGUGGAAAAAUUUACACAAGGCUAUUCAUUUAAUAUUAUGUAAAAGGAACAAAUGCCGUUUAUCCUUUAAGUGUAAUAGCAACGUAGAUUUGCAAAUGUGGGUGCCAAUUGUGAACCUUAUUGCAGUUUAGGUAGUUGAUUGGCUGUUCUUAAAAGGAGUGGAUAUAGCUACGAACAUAUAUAAAAAGAAAUAAAAACAAUAUCAAUUAUAAGAAGCGCUGGGAGAAUAUGAGUUAUAAUAAGAGUAAUGAGAACGAGAAACAAAAUAAAGUUAUCAGUGAAGAAACAAUAAUACCAACCCCCGCUGUGACUAAGGUGGUCGAUGCAAUAAAUACCGCUUCAUCGGCUCAAAAUGAUGGUAACAUCCAGCAAUAUAGUGAUGGAUAUCACAUACCUAUCCAGCUUAAAUCCGGCGAGACAUCACACAACGUCUCACCACCAAUUAAAAAAACUAUGUUUGCUACUGAUAAUGCGGAAUUAUUAAUAACAAGUGUUGUAAGUGAUGAAAAACACAUCACUUCUACGAGCGCCAUCAUUGAGCAUUUGACUAUUAGCGAUUCAGCAAUAAAGAGCAAAGUAAUCAAACAAAUGGCUACUGAAACAGAUGAUUUGGUGGGAGACGGUACGCAAAUGUCUAAUUUUGCCAAAGAUAUAAACGUUACUGGGGCAGCAGAAACAAAAUAUACAAUGGAGGCACCAAUUACACCACCAACAACAACAAAAUGCAAGCCACCCUUACCGCCCACCCUGCAAUCUUUUCAAACAGCGCCUAUAUUAGCUCCAAUGCCAUUUGAAUGCGACGCAAAAAAUCUUACGCACACCUCAAGCGAUUCCACUUUUGGCGAACAGUCGCAGAUGUGUCGCAAUCAGCAGCAAGAGAAAAUGAGAAGUUAUCAUGACACUAAACAAACAGCAAUGUGGUCCAAAGAUUCUAUUCUAGGGACAGAUAGCGGUAAAACACUUCAUUACACACGAACAACGGCAUUAUCAAGUCACACCGGUGCUAUCAUCAAAACGGGUGCAUGCAGUGUAACAGUUUCACCUUGCUCUUUACGCAAAGGAUCAGACCCGAGUGCGUUGCCGCGACGCGUCUCAUUUCCAAAAAGUGAUAAUGAACUGGUUACAGGUUACCUGGAACCAGCCAACCCAUGGGGACAAGCAUGCUUGGUUAAAAGCAUCUCCGAAAUUGCCGAGCUCUAUGUGAUGUCAUGCCGCAAACAUAAAACAAAACCCUUGCAAACCGUAUUGGAUCAUUUGAAGGGUGUUGAAUUGAAUAAACAACAACGUCAGCCAGUGUUAUCGUUGAAAUCAAUUAAAUUGGCAGCCAGCGAUUGUGAAGCACUGGAAGAAAUUUUCAAGCGGGUACAAUAUAAAGUUAUAGAUCUCUCCUCAUGUGAACUGGAUGAGUGGGCAACAAGCGCACUUUUUGAAAUGAUUGAGUAUUAUGAAGCAACCAAUGAGUUGGAUAUAUCAUCCAAUUCUAAGGGUAUGACCUCACGUGGUUGGGCUGGUUGUAUGGCUAUGGUGAAGCAUAGCGAAGAAUUGCGCGUAUUAAUCGCACAAGGCAAUCCAAUUUCUAAGCAAAGUGCAGACGGCUUGGGACUGGCGAUAAGUACAUCAAAUUUACAUACAUUAAAAUUAGAACAUUGUGGAUUGAAGGGUGCGCUCGAUGGAUUGUGUUUUAAAUUGCGCUCAAAUACCACGCUUAAGGAGCUUUGGCUAGCACAUAAUGAUUUAGAUUGCAAAGAUGCUGAGGCCCUUGGCUCUUUAUUGAAGUAUAAUCAUUACCUUGAACUGAUCGAUAUAAGUAACAACAAUAUAAGAGAUUUGGGCCUCCUUUACAUCGUAGAAGCACUAAUACUACAGUCUAGUGAAUUGGAACGACGAUCUAUGCUGCACCGUUCUGCGGCAAUCGAUGAUGAUGAUAGUUUAUCGUCAAUUGAAGCCUCGCAAACAACUGAUUUAGAUACUAGCGAGUCCUUUAGCAAUAAUGGGAAGAAUAGUACGGACGAAAGCUCAGGAACUAGUGAAAGUGAAGUAGAUAAAUUAACAGAUGCUAAAAAGCCACUGGAUGAUGACUUUACAACAUCUCUGGCCAUAGACAAAGUCACAAAUGACACAAUGCCAGAUUCAUUACCGACGUCCCAAGCAAUUGCAAAUAGUAUAAAUGACAAGUCUAUAGUUGGUACAACUCCAACGACGACGACAACGACGACGACAACGACGAUUUCUGUUAUAGCGUCAGUCGAUGAAAACGAUGGUGAUGAUGAUACAGAAGAUACAGUUAAAUCUAGCAAUCAUAAGAAUGGAGCCUUCGCGCCAAGUGGGCAAUCGAUGUUGGAUAAGUUGUUGUCAAUGAAUAGCGAAAGUAGCAGUGAAGAUGGUGCUUCAAAUAUAUCUACGGAUACAAUAGCGGCAUGCGGUUCUGAGGAUGCAAGUAUUACUAGUGACGAUAUAUUUGAUACAUCAGUUCCAACGGGAGCGACAGCGACUUCAUCGAAUGACACUCAUAAAAAUAACAAAGGCAGCAAGGCGGCAACAGAUAAUGUUACAGGUACGGCAGCACAUUUAGAAAGCUUAUUGGGCUUAAAAACAUGCCAAGCUAAAAGCGCAGAUGAAAUCGUGUUAAUUGACAUUACUUCUUCAGAAACGAGUCCUGCCAGCACAAUUUUCGACAAUAGCACCAACAGCAGCAGUGCAGAAGCGGCCGUUGUUCCUAGCAACAAACACAGUGAUAUUCUAACGACAACAUCACCAUUACGUAACGAUGAAAGCAAUGGCAACAAUAAUACAACAAACAGCACAAUUUCUUCAGAUAAUGAUGGGGGUGAAGAUGAUUGCAGAAAAUUCCAAGACGUAAACAGGUCCGCAGCGCAAGACCAAGAUAAUCAAAACCAGAAUAAUAUUCUACGUCAGCAAGGAAAUGUGCCAAAUGUUGCAGGCAUAUUCGAAGUGACAGCUGGCGAAGGUGAUUGUACCAUCGCUGAGGCAUCAUCAGCUAUUUCCGAAGUUGUUGGUGGACAUAUGCCUAUCGAUCAAACAGCAUCAAUUUUACAACAACAAUUACCCUCUUCUAAAGCUGUCGAUGUGAAUAAAAAUACAAAGUUGACGGAUGAUUACGACGAUACGCACAGUACAGAUUCUGCAUUUGAAAGUGCCUCCGAAGGUGAUAUUAGCAGGCAUUUACCGGAAGAAUAUAGUCGGCUAUCGUCUUCUUUUGAUGGUGCGCCUAUAGAUGAUAUUGUUAAGGGUGGAGCCAUUGAGACGGGAACAAUCGCUACCGAGUCUACAGAGUAUUUGGCAGACGCUGGUGUAACACCAACCUCUACACCAACCCAACCAUCUCCUUUGAAUCAGGGACAAUUGAACGCCUCGCUGAGCGCUUUAGGCGAAGAUAUUGACGCGAAUUGUCGAACAAUAACUCCGAAUACGGAUUUCACCGCCAAUACAUAUGCCAGUGUGGCGAAGACGGCGGUCCAAGAGAAUGCUGUGACAACAACCCAAACGACAACAAAAACUAAUGUUAGUCAGCUUGCAGCUACCACGGAGGAAACAGUAGAAAAUGUAUUGAGUGAAUUGCCCUCACUGCCGAAAGUCACCAUCGCUGCCGAUAAUUUGGUCGAAAAGGAUAAAGAAACGCAUGGAAAUAGAUUAAUACCAACGCCACCGCCACCAUCAACAUCGCCUGGCGGUGCUAGUCAUGGUAUGCGUCGUACAGAAUCGUCAGUUACUUUCAUUACACCUGCCACGCGACAUCGUUCACAAAGCUCAGAUAGCCUUUGUAGCGACAAUUCACUGGACGGUAGCAAUAGUAGCGAUCUCAACUUUUCCACUUCAACACAAUUAAAUGAGAAGCUUACCAAAAAUGAUACACUAACGCGUCAACAACGACAAUCGGAUCCACGCAACGAGCCCACAGUAAAGACACCAAGUGGAUUGAAAGCGCUUGCACUCUGGAAUAAUAAUUUAAGUAAAGAAGCUGGUUACUACAUAGCGAAUCUAUUGACCGUAACCAAUUCACUUGAAUUGUUAAAUAUUGGCAAAAAUUGUUUAUCUAAUGACUUUGUCAGUCGCAUUAAAGACGGUCUCAUGCGGAAUACGACAUUGACGACACUGGGGCUACAAAGUGCUCAUUUGAGUGCGAAUGGUAUUGAGACAUUGGCUUCAAUACUGACAUUUGGUGGCAAUAGUACGUUACAGCGUCUAGAUAUACGCGACAAUAAACUGGAAGUGGAGAGUUUAACAAAAAUUGCUGAGGUGCUAAAAUCAAAUACAACUGUUACUCAAAUCGAUAUAGACGACGAACCAAAGAGAUUGUCGUUUGAGAAAUUACAAAUAGUGCCUCACGUCGCGGAUAUAUACCAACCAUCAUCAAAAUCAAUGGAGGAGUGUGUGGGUAGUGAAGCGCAUAUGGACUAUACACGGGUAUUAGAAAAUGUGCGCUCAAUGUGUUCGCGCAAUGAGAAAACGCAAACUCAAUUACAAUCAGACAAACCACAUGCAUGUGGUGCGGGUAUCAAAAGACGUAGCGGUUACUAUUUGGGUUCACGAAAAAUAUCCUUAACUUGCCAUACGCGCCCACUAUUUGAACCAACAACAGUGGUAGCGACCAACACAACACAAACAUCAGCAGUUAAUACGAAACUGGAAGCGAAACGUAAAACUGGUGCGCGUCUACGCUCACCUGUGCCCAGCCCACCAACAAUUUCGCCAUCUUCAUCGCCAAACCGCAGCCGUUUUCAAGUAUUUCGCGUAACUGAAGUUAGUCCGUUGACAUCGCCAUUGGCUCAGACGCCACCAUCAACGGCAUCGUCUACAUCGUCGUUAGCUACUAAUAGUAAUGGCAGUACAGUUUCUAUGCCCGGUGAUAUGACCUGCAAGAGUUCGCCAAAUGCAACACAGGCGUCGUCUUGUUCAUUCCCAACGUCCAGUUCACUGCCUUCAAUGGCUACAGUUACAUCGUCGACACAAUCCAUAAAACGUUUCUCGGUAUCACCACGCUCACGCUUUUUGGUAUCGAAAAUUUACGAGGAUCCACGAGUGCCAUUAUCGAGUCGCUCGUUGCCUCCAAUUACACCACCGAUCCAUUUGCCGCCUACGCCAAUAGCAAAGCAUGCACCGGAAGGUGUUAAACAAGUUUUGUUUUCAUCUGCGGUAGUACAAUCAACGGUGGCAGUUGAAAAAGUCAAAGCUAUCGACGGUACAACAGAACCGAUUAAUUUAACUACAACUGCUGCGAAUAGUGGCGAGUCUGCCGACAAAAAUGUUGAGUUACCAACAACACUAAUCGUUACGCCACCUACGCCUGCCAUUGUGGACGCUAGCGGUGGCAUUAGUAGCACAAAUAUUCCUGAUUUUUGUCAGAAUGUUUAUCUUAAAGAAGCUGAUAGUACAAAAACAAGAGCGCAGAUGCCGAAAUCGGCGCAACUAGAAGAACAAUUACAGUCAGAGUCACAAUCUCUGCUGCUGUCAAAGGAAUCAGUGCAGCAGCAGCAACAACAACAAACGCUCACAGCACAAAUUGUUACUGAAAUAUCGGAAACUAUUGUUUGUCAGGCCUUAGACACCAUCCCCACUACUAGCUCAUCUACACAGCAUUCUAAUAGCAAUACAUUAUCGCCACUUUGUUCAUCUUCAUCCUCAUCAUCCUCCACAUCACCUGCGUCGUUGCAUUCGAAUUCUUCAUCAACAUCGACUUCCUCACCGUUAUCAGCGAUAUUCUCCAGCAGCUCGUCUGAUUCUGCAGACCGUGUUAGUGGCAGUGGUGUCGUUGGUGGCGGUGAACACAUCAGUUUGCGCGAUGAACUUUUAAAUGCAGCUACCACCCGCUGUCCACUUGCCGUUUUCAAUGAUAAUGAUAACGACAUUACGCUCACCAAAAACUCAGGAUCAGAUUUGACUACGCCUUUGGCGACAACGUCGGCAUCAGAUGAAUCCCAACAACGCCAACGUAAAGUAUCGUGGAUGGCAAAUCCAGGCGCCGUUGACAAAUUACGUUCGCUAUUCUUUCAACGGAGUUCAUCACCAGAGAAUAAGACACAAUCGGUCGCAGCUGGUACACCACCGCAGAACAAUCCCACUAUUAUUAUUCCCUCAGCUAUCAAUAACACAGCAGUUGCCAUCAAUAAUGCUACAGCCUUCAAUGUGACCGAAUUCGUCCAAGCCUCGCUAAGUAAGGUGUUUCGACAAAAUCUGCCAUUUGGAAAUGAGAUUGCAGCUCAAACAAUAGUAACAAAUCCAUUUACCAGCGUUUCAAGUGAAAUUUUAUCAAGCGAUUCUGAUGGCAGUGGUGUAAGUAACAUUACACUACCAACAGAGCAACAUAAUAUUGCGCUCAUAUCCACCGAAGUGAAACAGGAAAUCAAAGAGAACAUCUCACCGGAACACACUAUAAAUGAGGAAACUUUACAUAGCUUACAGAAGCUCACCGGCAUUGGGGAAGCAAUCCGAUGUGUUAAAGAACAACAACAUCAGCAAACACAAGCAGGAGUUGUAGCAUUGUUGGAUGACACAGGGGCAAUAGCGGUAAAUAUAAAACCUGCUGUGCUUGAAGAUUUCAAUGCUAAAAUUACUGGUAAUACAAAUUUGGGAAAUAGUAGCCAACAAGAUGCUGAUGGAGCUAGCUUCGUUCCACAGACGCCUGCCUUAGGCAAAGAGGAGCCAGCAGACAGUGCGGCUUCGAAUACUUCUUUCAGCACUUAAACUAAACGCUUUUUGUUUUUCUAAUUGUAAAACUUAAAAAUGAUUUAAUUUUUUAUAUUUACUUCGAUUUUUUUUUAGUUUUAAAAUUGGGAGUUGUAUUGUUGUAUACCUAUAAUAUUAAUGUACCAUGCAGAUAGACAUACAGAUAUAUAUAUUUAUAUAUAUUUGGCGAUCAUGCAAUUAAGUAAAUUAAAAUUAGUGGAUUUUCUUUAUGCCAGCUUAACGAAAGACGUAUGUAUAAUCACGCGAUUUCUGCUCUCCCUCUUUUAUACACUUACGCUAAGGCAAUAUGAUUUUUUUUUUUUAUAUUCUUUUGUUUUCAAAUAAUGUUUUCAAGUUACAUAAAAGUGGAUGGGAAAAUACUGCGUUCAGCCAUGUAAAAAUAUGACGCUCAAAGUGGGCGAUAUUUAGGUUGCGUUUAAUUUUCUAAGUAUUUUUUUUAACAACGUUUUUAUUAUAUUGAUGUUGAACGCAUGAUUUGAAGCGUUUUGUGCAAUGCCACAUGUUUAUUAUCAUAUUUCAUCAAUUUUCAUGAAUUUUCAAAACACGUGUGAUAAAUGGGCUCUUGUAACUACUACCAAUUGACUUUUUUUAAGAGAGCGAUAAUAAUGUGAUUUCAGAAGAUAUUAAAAUUUUACAUGUCGAUUUAUGUUAAAAACAUUAAAACGCUCCGAUUUUUGAAAAUAGCUUAUUAUUAGUUAGAUUUUUUUUAGUGCAAAUAAUUGUUGCACAUAUACACGAGUAUAAUUUGAUCUUUUGAUUUCAUAUUAUUAUUGUUCUUUUAUAAAAUAAUAUUGGUGUGUGCUUGUGUUAUAUAUAUAUAUAUAUAAAAUUCAUUCUCUUCAAAAGAUAAUGUAAAUUUAGGCAGUGGCGAGUUGUGAUGUGAUGCAUUUGAUGUUGUUGAAUUUAUGCUAAUAAUAUUUAUGUAUAUAAAUAAUAUUUUUUUUUUGUAACUUGGUAUUCUCAUUAUUAUUUAAUGUGUUUUUUAUGGUGCAACCGUAAAGAGAGGGGCAUAGGCAUAUAGACUUUUAGAAAAUUUAAUUUCUUAUAACGUUAUAGAGUAUAAAUCCCUUUAUUACGGAUAAUUUAUUGUACGCCUUUCUGUGGCUGCCGCUGAUUUACUAGUUGUUUGAAGUUAUAUUAUUUUUUUUUAUAUAAAAAAAUAAAAAAUUACAAAAAAAAAAUCGUUCGAAAAAAAAUGUAUAUGACAAAGUGAAACAAAAAUAGUAGCACUCACCGAUGUAAGUAAAUACUAACCCAAAAAAAUAAGUACUUAAAAUAUUAUGCAAUUAAUUUAAAAUUAAUUAAAAUAAGAUUAUAUAAUUCCAAUAUGAUAAUAUUUGUCUGGCAAGAAGCUUUUACAAAUUUGUGUAAAUCACUGCUAAGUCCAUGUCGGUGAGUGCGACAACUGUUAUUUAAAAAUCAACAAUCUAAUUGUUAAUAAUAAUUUUUUAAAUAAUUGUUUACUGCUAUCAACAAAAUGUUGCCUAACAUUUAUUCAACACUUCUCAAAAUAAGGGGUUAACAUAAACAAAAUUAGGUGAUCAGUUUUAAAAAUGAAAAGCACAUUAUUUUCUAAAUUUUUGUACACCGUUCUUUAGUUUAGCGAAACUUAAUUUUUUUUUAUUUCCUGUAUGAAAUUUUUUCGUAAUGAACUCUAUCUGUUAAAUUUAUUUCGAAAAUCUUAAAAUCUCUAAAUCAUUAUAGAAAAGCAAUAGAGUCCAAAUAUGAAAAUAACUGAACAAGGCAAGGUUUAUUUAAUAGCAAAUAAUGUCAAAAUCCUAAAAAAUUAUCAAAAUUUCAAGCGAACGGCGCAUUAUUUAUAAAAAAAUGUAUGUAUAAACCUUUUUUCGCAUACUUUCUUCCUCUACUAAAAAGCUGGGUUGAUCGCAUGCAUAUGUAUGUAUAUUAAAAAAAAAAAUAUGUUGAUUUGCUGCUAAAUACCAAGUCUCGGCGAUUAUAGAUAGCAAGAAGUGGGUUCGAUAUCGUCAACGAUUGUUGUAACCUCGUAUUCUGGAAGCCUUGCUCCUGGUAAUAUUUUGAAAGCAUUUUAGAAUAAGAGAAAAAUCAGAUUCAUUGAAAAAUCCGCUAAAAAAAUAGUGAAAUUUAGUUUUGCCUGAGAAAAAACUUUGCCUUAUGAGUUUUUCAGCCUUUAUCACAUAUUUAUUUUGAAUAAUGUAAAGUGGUAAAAAAAAAACAAGUGCUUAUACAAUUAUAAUUAUUUUUACAAAAUUAUUUUCCCGGUAUUCGGAAGUAAUUGACUCAAACAAAUUCAUAUUCUUAAUUGUUUACUUUUUUAAAUUUUUUUACAAUUUUUUUUUAAAUUUUUUUUCCAAUUUUUUUCUACAUAGUUUUAUUAUUUUUAUUUUGUUUUACAUCCAGUGAUGGACCAAAAUAUAAUAACGGUUAAAAAUUACUCAACCUCUGCUUCAUAGAAAUUUAAUUUAAAUUCAUCAAAUAAAUUCGUAAUUUGUAUUUAUUGUUUUAAAUAGGCCUCUU